GGAAACGCACGCGUUCUCCGAGGGCUUGAGAGGUUUGGUUGUCAUAGAGAUAGGCCGAUUUUUCCGGCGCGCUUGAUGACGUACCUUGAGUGCGCGACGGUCUCUGGUUUCCGAGACGCUUCUGAGGCAAGAUGGCGUCGGGCAGUGGGACUAAAAACCUGGACUUCCGCAGGAAGUGGGACAAAGAUGAAUAUGAAAAGCUUGCGGAGAAACGGCUCACGGAAGAGAGAGAGAAGAAAGAUGGCAAGCCAGUACAGCCUGUCAAGCGAGAGCUUCUUCGGCACCGAGACUACAAGGUGGACCUGGAAUCCAAACUGGGGAAAACCAUUGUUAUCACCAAAACAACUCCUCAGUCUGAGAUGGGCGGGUAUUAUUGUAAUGUCUGUGACUGUGUAGUGAAAGAUUCUAUCAACUUCUUGGAUCAUAUCAAUGGCAAAAAACAUCAGAGGAACCUGGGCAUGUCAAUGAGAGUCGAGCGCUCGACGCUGGAUCAAGUGAAGAAGCGCUUUGAAGUGAACAAGAAGAAAAUGGAGGAGAAGCAGAAGGAUUAUGACUUUGAGGAGAGGAUGAAAGAGCUCCGAGAAGAGGAGGAAAAGGCCAAAGCCUACAAGAAAGAAAAGCAGAGGGAGAAGAAGAGGAGGGCGGAGGAAGACUUGACGUUUGAGGAGGAUGAUGAGAUGGCGGCCGUGAUGGGCUUUUCUGGGUUUGGCUCGACCAAGAAGAGCCACUGAGCGGCCUUGGGACUUUUCCUCUCGACCGAGCUUGUUUCUGCCCAGGUGACACUUGAAAACCCCUGGACGAUUUUGCAGGGAAUUUCUACCUAAAUGCCCCGAGAGGCAGUGGCAUUGGGAGCUGGGAAGCAAUUCCAGAUCCCCCUCCUGUUUGAGGCUAGCUGUGCCCGCCUUAUCCAUAGCGCCCUCCUCCCUGCAAAGAUAGCAUCACCCUUGCCUGUAUGGUGGGAAACCUCCAUAUUGAAUAAAGGACUUUUUAAAUUAG